GGUCAGUCAGGUUAGUUUGUUUGGUUUGUCCGUUUGGAAUUUGGUUUGUAACCUGUACUCUCCUCAAAUUAGUGAAAUUUGUUCCCCCUGCCCGUGGAUUAGCUAGCACACAUUGUGUUAGUGAACCACGUUAAAUUUGUGUGCGUUUGUGUUGCUUUGGAAUAUCGAUUGCACGCUUCUGUUCUGACAGAGCGAGUUACAGAUUUAUAUAGGAAUUGAGUUGAGGUGGCGAAGAGGCGAGAUUUAACUUCAAACUUUAGAAAUCAUAAUAUUGGGGCAACGAGUAAAUGCACGACAAUGCAAACAGAGGUUAAAUGACUUCUAGUUUGGAUGGUAGAUGUUGCUAGCAGUGAGUUAUAACUUAGGACUCGAAAAAAUGGAAAAGAUGCUAACGAGACACAAAUUUGUGUGUGUUCAAUGUCAUAAGUUUAUAUCGUUUUACGAGAAUGAGACAACGAGAAUUAAAAUAUCAAAGCAUACUGAAUUGUGAGAUAAAACACCAUAAUUAACUAGACUAAGCAAAGUGUUACAUAAUAGCAUCAAGACAAUAUCAUUUUUCACAUGGCAAGAUUUAAUUCAAUUCAAACCAAACAUCGACCGUUCAUGAAUAACGACUCCAUACUCCAAGAAACCGGCCCUAGUGUCCACUCCUGCUAAUAAUUAAUUAAUCAAACUAUUCUCUGGCCAUCUCUCACAUUUGUGAAUAAUAAUGUUAGGCAACGAGUAAAUACAUGACGAUGAAAACAGAGGCAAGAGAUCAAGGUUGUCAAACCGGUUUGUACCGUUGUGCCGGUUUGGCAAGUGGAAUGGUACGACUGGUGGUAUAUCCAAUUUGUGCCGGUUCAUGCUGGUCUAAAAAAAUGUGAAAACAAUUAAUAUUCAAUAUAUAUAUAUAUCCAUCAGUCGAGCAGCUGGAGAAACCCUAAUCCCUAAUUGGAAAAUCGCCGCUCUCUCAGUCUCUCACUCUUUUUUCUCUUCUCAGUUCUCUGCUCUCAAUCGCCGCUCAAUCCAUCGAUUCGAUUCCCCCCGUGAAAUUCUCUCCAUCCGGGCUGUCAAUCAUUCAUUAUCCAGCAAUCAAAGCCUAAUAUCCUCGUUGAUUUAGGCAAAGAACAACAUGCAAAAGGAGAAGAUGACUGUUCCAAUCUCCGAUUCGAGGUUAUUGGGAGGAUUUGUCGUUGAUUAUUGUUACGAUAAUCCAGAACUCGAGAUAAGUACCUUCCAAUUCAAUUCUUCUUUCUUGUUUCAGUUUCUUGCUUUAGUUUUAGGUUCGUUUAAAUUAACUCGAGUCGAUUGGUUCUUUCUAGGGCUCUUCAGUUUCAUCUUCAUCUGCACCUGCGACUACAUGCUCUGAUACUCGAGGUAAUCCCUAAUCAAAUUUCCUUAGUCAGUUAGUGUUUAGUAAUUAGUAGUUUGUUGUAUUGAUUUUGACUCAUUGGAUUAUAAUGUUUCUACUUUUGUUUGAGUUUUUGCAGUUUUGUAUCAGGCAUCAGUUCACCAUCCACAACUCUGGACAAUAGACCCCCUCUCUCCAGAUUCGAGGUUAGUUAAGGAAUUAAGGACAUUUUACUUAAUUUGGUUUGCAUGUAUUAGGCAUUAGGGACUCGAUUUUCUGUUGAUUGCUUGGGUCUGCUCAUGAAUCAUGUCUUGUUUAGUAUAAGUGUCUCAUCUGCAUUUUACAAUUGAAUCUAAAAGACUAUACAUUUGAACCUAGAAAUCUUAUAGCUAAAGCCUAAAAAGUAACCAAGCAAUCCUUUGAUGUUUAUACUCGUUUAUCUCAAUGUCAGAUGGAAGGUGCAUCUGAAAAUGUUGUCAAUGCUCCUGUUCCUCCACAACCUGCCCCUGUUGAUCAAAACAACCAACCUGAACAAGUUGGUAAUGGUAACGGUAACUUGGCUAAUGAAAAUGCUGAAGUGCUUGUUGAAGAAUGCAAAUUGAAUUCUGAUGUAUGGCCUCAUUACAUUAGGGUUAAGGUUAAUGGGUUUAUUAAAGCUAAGUGCAAGUACUGUCAAAAAAACCUUGGUGGUGAUACUCGUAAUGGAACCUCGCACCUUAGGACUCAUGUGAAAACCUGCAUCCAAAAAAAGAUACAUGAUGGUGUUCAAAAAAUUCUUUGCCCUAAUUACAAAGCAACUGGAAAACCCCAAUUAUCUGCUACACAGUUCAACUCUGAUGUGUCUAGGAAGGAGCUGAGCUCAAUGAUUUUGGUCCAUGAGUACCCUCUUAGCAUCGUUGAACACUUGGGUUUCAAGCGUUUCUGUUGUUCUUUGCAACCACAGUUUACUGUGCCUUGUAGAAAUACUGUGAAGAAAGAUAUAUUGUCUUUGUAUGGGGUUGAAAGGAGUAACUACCAAAAGGUUAUUGAUGGUAAUUUGGGUAGAAUUGCUGUGACCACUGAUUUGUGGACUGCCCCAAACCAGAAGAGGGGUUAUAUGGCAGUCACAGCUCACUUUAUUGAUAAUACUUGGAAGCUUAGAAACUCAAUGCUAAAGUUUUUGUAUGUCCCUGCCCCUCAUACGAGUGAGAGGCUUGCAAGAAAAUUGUUUCAAUGUCUUCUGAAUUGGAACAUUGAUGGAAAGUUGUCUGCAAUCACCUUGGACAACUGCUCCACUAAUGAUUCCAUGAUUGCUCACCUUAAGAAUAAACUUGUUUUGAAUGACUUGUUGAUGGAUGGUAGACUGGUUCAUAUGAGGUGUUCUCCUCAUAUACUGAACUUUAUUGUGAAAGAUGGUUUGGAUGUGAUAAAGGAUGGAAUCCAUUUGAUUAGGGAGAGUGUGGUGUAUUGGACAUCCACACCUAAGAGGGUCCAGACUUUCAAUGAAGCUGUUAAACAGCUUAAGUUGGCUGUUGGGAAAAAACUUGUGUUUGAUUGUCCAACAAGGUGGAAUUCUACCUAUGAUAUGCUCUUUAUUGCUCUUUUGUACAGAGAUGUCUUUUUUCGUUUAAGACAGAUGGAUAGUCAAUACACAUCAGUUCCUACUAAUGAUCACUGGGAUUUUGCUGCUAUUGUGAUUGAUAAACUGCUCAUUUUCAGUGAGAUGACUGCAUUAUUUUCUGGUACCAAGUACCCCACUGCCAAUCUGUUUUUCUCUAAGGUCUGUGAUCUGCGAUUGAAAUUGAGUGACUGGUGUGCUGAUCUUAAUCCUGUUAUUUCUGCCAUGGCUGGAAAUAUGUGGUUGAAAUUCACAAAGUAUUGGGAUGAUAUACAUCUUGUUCUGGCAGUUUCAGUGGUUCUGGAUCCUAGGUACAAAAUGCAUGUCAUUGAGUAUUAUGCUGCUAAGUUUGGCAGCUCUGAUACUUACUUGGUGGCUAAGGAUCUAAAACAGCUGAUUUGUGGUUUGAUUAAUGAUUAUCAAACCAAGGCUGAAAAGAAAUCUGGUUCUUCUGCCAAUGAACCGAUUGGAAAUGCAAAUGCCUUUGUUUCAGCAACUGAUCUUGAUUUCGAGUUGUUUGUAAGUCAGAGGAAAAAGAGCAAAACAACUCUGAUUACUACUGAGUUGGACCAUUAUCUUGCCGAGGAACUUAUUCCUCGUGAUCCAUAUGUUGAAUUUGAUCUCUUGAUGUGGUGGAAGUUGAAUGGCCUUAAGUAUCCUACUUUGCAAGCAAUUGCAAGGGAGUUUUUGGCUAUACCAAUAACAUCAGUUGCUUCCGAGAGUGUUUUCAGCUCUGGUGGGAGGUUGUUAGACCCCCACAGGAGCAGGCUCGACUAUUCUACUGUGGAGGCUAUGUUGUGCAGUUGUAGCUGGGUUAGGGAAGUCUGGCUAAGAGAAUCAGAGGCUGCUGCUGCUGUGGAGGCAAUGGAUGGAUUGUUUACUGGGCUGUCAGUUCACGAUUCAAGUGUAGAAGAUCAGGAAAAUGGGGUCCAGGAACUUCUGAAUCUGGAUUCACCAUUCUCCUUUGAUGACUGAUUAUUGGAACCUCAGAAGAUAAGGUAUAUAAUACAUUCAAACUGACUUUUCUCCUUUAUUGUAAGCUUGUAUCUGUUCCUUCAUAUUUUUGUUUUCUUGCAGGGAAUGAAUGUCAAUUGUCAAUUUGUCAUGUGCUGCUUGACUGCUUCUGUUCUUCAAAUCUGGUUGCUGCCUUGCUGGUGCCUUUGAGAGUUUGGCUUACUGCCUUUGAGAGUUUGAGUGUGCUUUAUUUGUUCCAAAUUUGAACAAUGGAUUGGUGUGUGGCUUACUGCCUUUGAGAGUUUGAGUUGUUUACUUGUUUUUUCUUUGUUACUUAUGACUAUUAGACAAUUGAUGAACAAUUGAGGAACUCUUGAAAAUUCAGAGUUCUGGGUGGUGGGUGGGUUGCAGCCUUAUAGGCUUUUAUUUUAAGCUGCUUUUGAUGGUGCUCAACUUUGAUUUUGAACUGAAUUACAUAUUUUUUCCAGUUAUUUUAUUGUUUGAAUAUGUUAAUUAUUUAGUGUUUCUAGCGGGUAACGGGGACCCGUGGUUUCCCCGAAUCCGUUGCUUCACGGUGACGGUAGCAGUUUUGGCCCCGUUGAGUGGCCGGGGACGGGGUCGGGGAAACCCGACACUGCUCAUGGACGGGGAACGGAUGGUAUGAAUCCGUCCCCGAUCCGCCCCGUUGCCAACCCUAAAUAUAUUUAAUCAUAUAUAAAACAUAUUUGUGGACAAUUUAGUUACAAUCCAACAAAUAUCAUCAACUUUUAACUAUUAAAUUCAAGAAACCGACCCUAGUGUCCACUCCUGCUAAUAAUUAAUUAAUCAAACUAUUCUCUGGCCAUCUCCCACAUUUGUGAAUAAUAAUGUUAGGCAACGAGUAAAGACAUGACGAUGAAAACAGAGGCAAGAGAUCGAGUUGAUUUAUAUUUUAGUUGACUUCUAAUUUGGAUAUUAGAUGUAUCUGGCAACGAGUUACAACUUAUGACUUGAGAAGCCGAAAAGAUGUUAAGAGGAGCUGGGCGUGAAUGACGAGAUGACUAAUAAAUGAACAUAAAUGUUGGCAUGUUGAAUGUCAUAAGCUUUCUCUUCUUUUACGAGAAUGAGGGGACAAAAUGUUUUAUUUUAGUGCUAGACAACAAGAAUUAAAAUAGCUAAGUCCACUGAAUUGUGAGAUAAACACCAGAUUUUUUUUUGACAACAGAGAUAAACACCAGAAUUAAUUGGAAUAAACAAGGCGUUAGGCAGCUAGCAUAAAGAUAAUUCAAUUUUUUUUUUCAAUAAGAAAGAUUUAAUUUCAGUCCAAACCAAACAUCGACUAUUCACGAAGAAUGACUUCACGGUACAAGAAACCUACCCAAUUCCCACUCCUUCCAAUUAUUAAUUAAUUACACUAUCCUCCAACCAUCUUCUACUACUAUGAAGGAGUGGAGUUUCCAAUAAGACUAAAAGUUUGAU